GUUGUGCGGGGAGCCUGGGUGCGGCUGAUUACCGUAUGGAGAAUAGAGGGUCAGAGGGAUGGAACGCCGCGGUGGGGGAUCCGAGGUGGCUGGGUGCGUGGUGGGGCAGAGACCCGGGACCAGCUCGACCAAGGGAACACAGACAGCCCCCUCGGUGGAAUGGGUCAUGACCUCAAGAGGGCAGGGGCUCAAGAGAGCUAGACCCGGCAAUUGCAGACGGGGCAGGCGGGGACUCUGCACCCAGCAUGCUCGGGAGUGUUGGCUACUUCGGCCGGCCCGAGAGACUAGAGAGCGGACCACCUCGCUGACCUCGUGCAGGGACCUGAAGGCAGCUGUGGUCCCUCGGCCACCAACUGACAAGGGCGAGACCCAGAGGGGCUCUUUGUUGCACCCUCUAUUGUUGAACCUGGUUAGAAGUGAUUUUGGUCAGGGACCGCAUAAGAAGAGCCUGGGUUUAGAAGAGUAGUUAAGGAGUGAUACUUCAGAUGUACAGGUUGCAUCCCCUCCCCUGCGGUGCGGAGCAGCCAUGACGACAGCCAUCCUGGAGCACCUGAGCACCCUGUCUGUCAGUGGGCAGCAGCUGCGCCGCCUGCCCAAGAUCCUGGAGAAUGGGCUUCCCAAGAUGCCUUGCACCGUCCCCGAGACAGACGUGCCCCAGCUUUUCCGGGAGCCUUACAUCCACACUGGCUACCGCCCCACGGGACACAAGUGGCGUUACUACUUCUGCAGCCUGUUUCAGAAACACAACGAGGUGGUCAACGUCUGGACGCACUUGCUGGCGGCCCUGGCCGUCCUCCUGCGGUUCUGGGCCUUUGCCGAGGCCGAGGCCUUGCCGUGGACCUCUGUCAACACCCUGCCUCUGCUCCUCUAUGUCCUGUCCUCCGUCACUUACCUCUUGUUCAGCGUGCUGGCCCACCUGCUGCAGUCCCAGUCGGAGCUCUCCCACUACACCUUCUACUUUGUGGACUACAUUGGCGUGAGCAUUUACCAGUACGGCAGUGCCUUGGUUCACUUCUUCUACACCUCUGACCAGGCCUGGUACGAGCACUUCUGGCUUUUCUUCUUGCCAGCGGCUGCCUUCUUUGGCUGGUUGUCUUGUGCCGGCUGUUGUUACGCCAAGUAUCGUUACCAGAAGCCUUACCCACUCAUGAAGAAGAUAUGUCAAGUGGUGCCCUCCGGGCUGGCCUUCCUUCUGGACAUCAGCCCCGUGGCGCACCGAGUGGCCCUGUGCCACCUGGCUGGCUGCCAGGAGCAGGCCACCUGGUACCACACCCUCCAGAUCUUCUUCUUCCUGGUCAGUGCCUACUUCUUCUCGUGCCCGGUUCCUGAGAAGUACUUCCCGGGUUGCUGCGACAUCGUGGGCCAAGGGCAUCAGCUCUUCCAUGUGUUUCUGUCCAUCUGCACGCUCUCCCAGCUGGAAGCCGUCCUCCUGGACUACAAGGGGCGGCAGGAGCUCUUCCUGCAGCGCCACAGUCCCCUGUCUGUCUACAUGGCCUGUCUGUCCUUCUUCUUCUUGGUCGCCUGCAGCGCCACCACAGCAGCCUUCAUGAGGCACAAAGUCAAGGCCAGACUGAUGAAGAAAGAGCCCUGAGGUUGGCAGGCGGGGUGAGGUGUGGAGCACACCAUUAUGAUUUGGGGGAAAUGCGGUAUGAAAAUAGGAGUUGACUUUUUGUUUUUAAGAGUUGGCUUUUAUAUGAAUGCAUAUUCCCAAGGAUAUGCGGUGGGAAACCGAAGGGUUCAAGAGUUAGGUUGUUGCAGUUGUUGUCAAUAAAAGGAGUGUUCCUUUUCCGUCUCGGUCACAGCCUUUCAAGACACAGGAAAGAAAGGGACCUUGGCUAAGAUUCAUGGGACACUGAGUUAAGGACCAGCUUCAUACCUGAAAGUUCAGUAGGGUUUCUGACCGUGACCUCCAGGGGCAAGACCUGGAACCGAAGGGAUUAUAACCUUGGACUGGAAAACAAGUAGGUGGCUGAUCCAUACCACAUUGGAAGGGCCUCCUACUAUGCUGGUCUCUGGUAAUUAAAUAGAUUGACCCAAGGACCCAAUUUCCUUUGGAUUCAGAUUGUCCAGGGUGGAGGAUUCAGAAUCUUCAAGAUUCAGUGAAACCCUCAGACAAUGAAUUAUUCAGUUCAUCUGAUUCCUGAUCUCUCCUCUCUUACCCACUCCAACCCUGACCCUUUUCUCAGGAUGACAUCUCUGUGGCUGUUUUCUCUAAAGUGCUGUUCACUUCCAUCCAUACCUUGGUAAUAUAUGGGACUGUGCAGUAGUCAUACUUCCAGUAAUUGCUUAGAUCCAUGUGGACAUUCAGGAAGCUUAUUGUCAUAUAAUAUUAGUGCAAAUGGUACUAGAAAGUUCAGUGCCAGGAGCCACCAGGAGGCCCAGCCAACAAGCAUGGGUACUGCUUGGUACCUCAGGACCCUUCUGUUUCAUACCUGUGGACUGGAGGAUUACUUGAGAUCUAUUAGGGCUGCCUUACAGGCCAGAAGACCUGGAGCUGGCUCCAGGGACUCUUCUCCAGAUUCUGACCAGCAUGUUCGAAAAGGCCGUUAGAGUGAAUUGGUUCUAAGGGUCCCUCUAGGGUUCUAAUUAUUUGAAGAGGAACCCUAGGUCCAGCCUUUCAACUAUAUGCUGCCUCAAGAAGGACCCACAUAACUACCCCAGUUCAAGGUCCUCAGACAGGCACUUAAGCAUCAUCUUAGAGCCGGACCCUUAAGAUAGUCAAGCCUCAGGACAGGUGAGCGUGUAUACUCACUGUGGGUUGGGCCCUGAAGGCUCCUUUGGGUGAGAAGGGUGAACUGGGUCCCCUGUAGCUAGAAUGGUCUGUUUAGGACAUCACUGCCCAGCAGCUUCUUUGGGAGAGGUGGUACUUGCCAUGGAUGUGUUCUGGCCACGCAGCCUCUCUGAGGACUGGUUUGCGCUGCUCCAGUGAACGGGACUGCGUGGGCCGGGGAGCCCUCUCCUAGGGGGCAUUUCUUACCAGUGUAAGCUUCCUGUGCACUGAAAAGGGAAGUGGUUUGUUUUCCCUCCAUUCUGAUGAACAUCUUCUAUUACUCGAUUAUUUUAUUGUCUUCAAAUCUUUGUUUUCUUUCUUUCUCUGAGAGAUUUGUGAGUUUUGUGCCUUAUACGUGGACAUGUAUGAACACUCCUGAACAUAUGGCCAUGUGGAAUUUGCAGUUUGGGAUUAUGGGGAUAAGAAAGAAAGAAUUUGUUGCUUUUCAACCAGUAGAUGAAGAACUGCUUAUCAAUCUAAAGACUCUUUGAACCUGCUUAUUUGGCAAAAAAGAAGAAAGGAAAGAAAGAGAAAAUCCAACAAACGCUUUCCUAUAAUCAUUAUCUCAAGAAAAUGUAUGUCUUGUCAGCAAUGUAGUUUUCCUCGAUGGUUUCUCUGUUGAUCCUCAAACAUGAGAACUUCUGUGCCACCCAGGUGUCCUACCCUAGCUUCCGACGUCUAGGUCAGAUUCACCACAGAUGAAGUGAGCAACUGGAACCUUGUUGAAGGCGUUGUGCAAACACGUUACAGAGGGUCAGUUUACAAUGGGGAAUAGAAAAGUGCUUGGAGGUUCAUUGGUGUGGAUCCAAAGACCGUGUUCUUUUAGAAGUUGGAAGGAAGAUGUACAUCAGGCUCUUGAAUGUAACUGUGGCGGUCAUGGUGGCAGAGAUCAUUAGGCCAAAUGCAGGUAUUUUUUAGGAGAAAACAGGAGAGUGGAGCACUGAUCUUCAAAGUUAGACCAGUGCCAGCCUGCACGCUAUCAAUGGUCAUAACAAGAUAAGUACAAGACAGACUAAACUCAUAGAUACUGCCAUCAAAUUUUUAAUUUAAUGAACACAGUGUAUGGUCCCUCAAGUGAAUGGGAAUUUUUUUUAAAAUGUUUUUACCAGAGAUAUUUGAGAAGCAUUGAGGUAGGGGACUAGAUUCUCACUAGCAAUAUAUAAAUGCAGGAAAUGCAGAUGUUUUUACUCAGACUAUUGAGGGAUUAAAUACUCUUUUAAAAUGUUUUCUGUAAAAUGAGUGGAUUGGUAAGGAACAGACCUGGUUUGUUUAAAAGGAAUCAUGAAGUAUUUGAUAAAGAUGAUUAUCUUUCUCCGCCAUACCCCCUCGAACAGUUGACAUCUACUGGAAAUUCUGCUUGUUCUCUCUGUCUUUCAAACUAAUACUUUCAACCUAUUAAAACAUAAAUGCUCUGAAAAAACUAAACUAGCAAUCAUUUACAUUGUAUGUAUAAACAUCCGGAUGGAUUUAUCUCAGGCCCUGCUCUUAGUAGAGUGAGGGGACAGCAGGGCACACCAGACUGGGGACACAUUUGCCUGUUUCCCUCUUGCCUAGUACUUCCUGACCUAUACUUAAUUAACAAGUUGAUGUUGAUACUCUUCAGAUGUUAGGGUUUCAUUUUGCACCUCGGCUGAAAGUACCUCACUCAAUGACAACGUUCUCAACCCUCUACUGGAAGCUUGAAAAAUAAGAGCUCAGGCCACCAAUGAAAGUCGUUCAUUCCUGCCUGUGUUGCCCACCUGUUCACAAAUUGUACCUUAAUGUUUAAAACCAUUAGGUUCUUCAGUUGCUUCGCUGUAGUUUCAAGUAGGCCCUCCAGAUGGCGCCUACAUCUUACUCAGAGAGGGCCCUGCUGUGGUCCUCAGAAUCUCAGUCUACUGAUUGUGUUGGAACCAGUGUUUUGCUUGAUUGCUUGGCAAGGAAAAAUUGGAACUGUCUUCUGUUUAUAUAAAUCUACUUACAGAAAUGACCAUUAAACUGAGUUUGU